AUGGACUUCUCAUCUGCAUGCAAAAAGUCCUUCAAAUCCAGCAGUUCCUACAAGCAUGGCAGAAAAAUCUCCAUAGGCCGAUCAUCGGAGGAGGACGCCAUCCACGAGCAGCAGCCCAUCCUCUCCGAUCACAACCGCGACUCUUCCUCCUCCUCUGCCACCGGCGCCGGCGCCGCAUCCCACAUUGAUUCUGUCUCCGGACCUUCCGAGGUCAUCGUCAAGGUCGACGACGGUGACGAUCCCUCUCCCGUCCACAACAGGAACGGCGUCCACUACCGCGAAUCGAGCCUUGAUAUCUGGGGCGAUGAGCCCCGCGCGCCCAUGCAACCCGAGGGUUUCGAUUCGCGCAAAUCCCGUUCCCCGCCGUCGAAACUGAUCGGAGUUUUCCUCAACCAGCAGAACGUCGGAGGCGGAGAAUUGCGCCUCGACAUGGAUAUGGAGAUGGAUGAUCUCCACCUCAAUCGCGGCGGCGGCGGCGGCGGCGGCAGCAACACUGGCCCUCAAAGCAGCCUCCCACCUGCGAACCCCAAUUAUUACGGCCCCACCGCAAAUAAUCACAGUUUCCGGAACCCUAGCGAGCUGAAAACGACAAUGGAGGUUCCCAGCGCCGGUGCUAGCAACGUGGUCGAUAUUCGUCCCGACGAACCAGACAAUAUCGAAUCCUCAUCGGACGAGGAUGUGAAUCGAACGCUCAGGCGGCGUUCCUCGAAUGUGGACACAAACAACAAUGGUGGCCUUAGCGGGAAUACUGAUGGUCAGGUGUUGAAAUGCACGUCGAUUCAGAGAAGGGUGAGUAAUUUGGGCAGGAUGAAGACCAGGUCUCGGCUGAUUGACCCGCCUGAGGUCGUGGAUCGCAGAUCCGGUUUAAUCCCCAAAUCUGGUCAGCUGAGGUCCGGGAUGCCGGGUAGAAAUUCCGCCGUAUUGGGGAAACCUGUGGACGAAGAAGAGGAUGACCCGCUAUUCGACGAGGAUCUCCCGGACGACUUCAAGAAGGGUAAGUUCGAUGCACUGACUAUUUUACAGUGGAUUAGCCUCAUUCUGAUUGUGGCGGCUUUAGCAUCAACUCUUGCUAUCUCUGAGCUGAAGAGGAAGAAGCUCAGGGGACUGAGUAUCUGGAAAUGGGAGGUUUUGGUUCUGGUUUUGAUCUGUGGGAGGUUGGUCUCCGGCUGGGGGAUACGAAUUGUCGUCUUCUUUAUCGAGAGGAACUUCUUCAUGAGGAAAAGGGUGUUGUACUUUGUGUAUGGGGUGAGAAAGGCUGUCCAGAACUGUAUCUGGUUGGGGCUCGUCUUGAUCGCCUGGCAUUACAUGUUCGACCAUGAGGUCGAAGGAAGUAACAAAUUCCUGCAAUAUGUGAACAAAAUAAUGGUUUGCAUGCUGGUCGGGACUCUGCUUUGGCUGGUCAAGACACUUAUGGUCAAAGUUCUCGCUUCGUCUUUCCACGUCAGCACGUUCUUCGACCGUAUCCAGGAGACUCUGUUCAAUCAGUACAUAAUCGAGACCCUUUCCGGUCCGCCUCUGAUUGAGAUGAGGAACCACCAAGAGGAGGAGGAGAGGACUAUGGCUGAGGUAUGCCGGCUUCAGAAUGCAGGGGCUACAUUGCCCGCUGACCUGAGGUGCCCGCCUUUUCAGGCAGUGAAGAGCGGAAAGGCGGUUGGUGGUGGUGGAGGGCUGCCGCCGAGGCUGGCAAGAGGAUUGAGUUUCGGAGUUUCCGGGCAGCUUACUAAGAAUGAUCUGAACGAGCAGGGCGCCGGUAUAUCAAUUGACAAGCUGCAGAAUCUGAACCACAAGAAUGUAUCUGCUUGGAGCAUGAAGAGAUUGAUUAAGUUUGUCAAGAAUGGGGUUUUGAUCACACUCGACGAGCGUGCUUUGGGUAGCUCACAAGGGGACGAGACAGCUAUGCAGAUUAGGAGCGAACGUGAGGCCAAAGCGGCUGCCAGGAACAUUUUCCGAAAUGUGGCGAGGCCUAGGGCCAAGUUCAUCCACCUCGAGGAUCUGAUGCGUUUCGUGAAAGAGGAAGAGGCAUUGAAAACAUUGAACAUUGUCGAAGGAUCAAUUGAAGGCGAAAAAAUUAGCAAAGCAUCCUUAAAAAACUGGGUGGUAAACACGUUCAUAGAAAGAAGAGCUCUCGCCCUAACACUGAAUGACACAAAAACGGCAGUCGACAAACUUCAUCGGAUGGUGAACGUCAUAGUCGCGAUCAUCAUUUUAGUCGUUUGCCUGAUCAUCCUAGGAAUUGCAACGAGCAAAUUUAUGCUCUACAUCAGCUCACAGAUUGUGAUCGUGGCUUUUAUAUUCGGAAACUCGUGCAAGACUGUCUUUGAAGCCAUCAUAUUCGUAUUUGUAAUUCAUCCUUUUGAUGUGGGUGACCGUUGUGAGGUUGAUGGAGUCCAGAUGAUUGUAGAAGAAAUGAAUAUAUUGACAACUGUGUUCUUGAGAUAUGACAAUCAGAAGAUAAUUUAUCCCAAUGUGACUCUUGCUACAAGACCCAUCAGCAACUACUACCGCAGCCCGGAUAUGGGCGAUUCAAUUGAGUUUGCCGUUCAUAUUGCGACCCCAGCCGAGAAGAUUGCCACCAUAAAGCAAAGGAUAACAAGUUAUAUUGAGAACAGAAGUGACCACUGGUACCCGGAGCCUUCUGUGGUGGUGAUGGAAUUGCAAGAUUUGCGCACACUGAAGCUUUCGGUGUGGAUGAGGCACCGCAUGAACCACCAGAAUAUGGGCGAGAAGUGGAAGAGACGAGCCGUUUUGGUGGAGGAACUCGUCAAGAUUCUCAAAGAGCUCGAUAUUGAGUACCGCCUGUAUCCAGUAGAUGUCAACAUACGUGAAAUGCCGCCUCUCAAUCCCACCAGAAUGCCUCCGGCGUGGAUCACUCCCCCGGCCAACUGA